CGCGGCUGAGGCGGCAUUGGACGCAGUAUUUGGGAUGAAAUAAUUCCCUCUGUGAUCUGCGAAGCUCGAUAUUUUUAUUGGUGUUGACCGGGAAUUUAAUACACGAUGUUCCAAAACGUAUGUCGUGUGUGUUCGUGCACAAAGGACUUGGUCUGGGUAUUUGAUGAAAAAAUUGCCGCUAAUAUGACGGAAAUUAUCAAAGUCACCUGCGGCGUAGAGAUAUCCAGGACCGACACCGUUACCCAAAUGGUGUGCAGUACCUGCUGCCAAGUUACCAUAAAAAUGUACCAAUUCCGCACAAAGUCCAUCAAAAACGACAAAGAUUUAAAGGCUAGAUGUGCGGGGUAUAACAUUGCCCAACUGACGAGUGCUGGAUCUACUCAAAAUAACAAACCGGAUACUCCUUCCAGCAAAUCCUCUACUCCCACACCCCCACAUAUCACCAUAAAACAAGUCCCGUCGAUCCCGGAGAGGUAUAAGUUCGCCCACCCUUCAGUCAAGGAAAUCGUCAAGAAAAACCCCAACAUCAAACUGCCGAACAACUGUCUGAAGUCACACAUCGGUGCCUACAUUACGCUACUAACCGAUGAGGUCGACGAAUAUUUCAAAGAGAGGAACAUGACUGAUGCCGACAUUGCGAAAGUAAAAGCCGAAGCGUAUGAGUUGGCGUUUCCAAAAAAGAUUUCCGUGCCAAAGAAGCGGAAAAAACCCACUCAGAAUGAAAAGAGAGAAAGAACCGUUAGUCCUCUCAAUAACAGUAAAAGAGUGAGGUUAAGUACCGAUUCGAGUGAUAAAAUGAGUAUAUGUUCCGACGAUACCACCUUGCCGGGUAAGGAGAAUCUUAAAAACACCGUCAACGAAACGCUAAAAAGGAGCAAAGAGGAUACGCAUAAUACCUCUGUCAAAAUUCGGAAGGUUUCCCAAACUGACAAUGGCAAGCCCAAACCCGAUGAGGCUUCCCGGAAGCUCAGUGACUCUGUUAGUAUAACGUUAAAAUCGUUACUCACUGUUGAACCCACCAAAAAGAAAGCAUCGUCAGAGGAAGAGAUUACCUUAAAAUCCAUCCUUCAGAGUCAAAAAGAACAAGUUGCUGUAAGACGUGUCGCUGACGAUAACGACGACAUUAUAGACGUGGAAGGUCCGCCAUCUCCAGCACCGUCUGCAGCCUCCUGUCAUACUCCUAGCAACAAGGAAACCCCUCGACCAAAGUCGGCAGCACAGAAAAAAUCAAAUAAAACCGAUGAAAACGGUGCCAAAACAGUCCCCGACGAAGACUUUCAGUUGUUCACUUCACGGCCAUUCCUUAAAGACGGACUUCCGAAGACGGUAAUAGUGAAUGGUGAACCGGUGAUCAUUUCAGAUUCCGAAGACGAGAACAAUGAAGGCAGAGACAUGAGUGACGCAAGUGACCCGAUCGUUUUCGACCUUGAUAGCCGUAGUUCGACGAAUUCGAGGUACAGCGAUGCCGAUAAAACUACGUUUACGGAGGCGCUACGACUGGCCCCGAAAGCACCCGACGGGGGUAACCAACCUGAUUUUUCUUUGGUUUCCGUCGCAAACAAAACGCAAAACCUGUACACGUGUCGAGUAUGUGAUUCGCAACACCCGAGUCUAAAGGAACUGAAGUAUCACGAGAGACGAACCCACACAAAGUGUCCGUUUUGUAACAAAAGGUUUCGCACGUUGGCGAACAGGGACGAACACGUUAGUAAUAGCUGUGCGAUAAAUCGAAGCCCGGUUAAGUUGAAACAAGCGCGGUUGGAAUUAACGAGGGUAGAUGAACUUGAAGAAAUAACAAAAAAGUAUGCUAGCGCGUUCGAGGACUUCGCUAAGAGUGAUACGGAGGAAGAAAAAACUGAAAGAACUCGCGUGGAGGUAACGAAUGAAGAUAUUGAUCACAGUCAGUUUACGACUGAAGAAAUCCCUAGAAAAGCAACAAGUGAACCAAAGACAAAUGAAGAAAAUCUUAGUAAGGAGAGAAAAAGCGGAGGAAGUCGGAAGGAAGGUGAUAUUGGCAAGGAGAAGGAGAAAGCGGGGGUAUCCGAAGCCACAAAACCGGUUCAUAAACCAAAGAAAAAGGUCAAUGACGCUCCCGUGGACUGCGACGCGGCAACAGCUGACGCUAUUAGUGAAUUGGAACAAUUUUUGAAUUACGCGGAAAUUAUACCUGUAAAUGAUAAACGAAGUCCCAGUGGACAUGCAAAGAGUAUUCACGAACCGAUUUCUCGGAGUGACGACGUGAUCUGCAUUUCCGAUGAGGAAUCUGAGGAAAAUCAAAGUGCACCCCUGGAAAAACAACCCAUACAAGAAAAUCAGACAACGUCGAAGGAACAGGAAAGUGAGCCUCAAGAUAAGCAGCCUGAAUUUCAACCAGACAUGGAAGGUAGCGAACUGACAAUUAAUGUUGUGAAUAGUGAAAUUUUGAACGACAUCAACAUCCACGAUAACGAUUUCAACGUGUUGAAGGCGAUAUUGUACAAAAACUGGAAACGGUUGAAGGCGAUGAAGAAAAAUAAGGAGAACCAAAUCAAGGCGAGCUUGAAGGAUAGUCCAAUCGUGGAUGGUAAUUCCAGCCGAAUGAAGAUUUUUAAAAAUUUGCGGCAAUUCUUGCAUAAGUACAAAAUCCCAAUCGAGGUGAAAUAUAGUCCCACGGUUUCGGUGCAAUAUAAACCGACCACGCCACCGCCCCAGAUUCGCAUGACCGGCAUGUGGUCAAAUUUGGUACCACAGCAGCUGAAACCUUACAAUGUUACUGUGCCAGUCACGAAUGCUCCAACGGUAGCGAAACCUACCGCUUACACGGUCCUUAACGGCCAGAUAGGUCUGGGUAUGAAACAGAUGUUUCAAACCGUUCCGGUAAGCGGCGCAGCUCGCCAGGCUAUGAUUUCGAACACCGGUCCGCAGCAACUCCAGCCUCAGAUAACCAAUGUUGGCACCGUCCAAGAUAGCAGUGUGACCACCACGAAUCUCAUACUUUCGUCGGCUAGCAGCCAUUCUUUGAUUCUCAAAGGGGCUCCAACUUUGACUACUACCAGUGCUCCCUUCACAAACUAUAUUGUCGUGCAGAGUGCAGCUGUGUUGCCCACCGCGCAAUUGCCCACUACACAAGGGCCUCUUCCUGUGAUAGAAUCGGUUACGAGUGCGGUGGAUGGGACUACACCGGAUCAGCCGUCGUUGAGUGCUGUAGCGCAGCUCGAAUCGAUCACAAACUCAUUAAUGCCAAAUAGUCAACCGACUGAUGCUGUUGUGACUGUGGCUAAUGUGAACAGCGAGAUUGUGACCGUGGCCAAUCUGAGCACCGAGGUUGUGACUGUACCUAAUGUAGACAAGCAAAUUGUAGUAAGUGAGGUGCAAAGUACGAGUACCACGCAAAGUGCAAAGUCGACGAUACAGCCGGCGAUAAGAGUUAGGAAUCUCAAGGAGUUGUCGUAAGGGCAACGUAUUAUAUUUGUACGCUUAAGUUUAGUUACUUAUUUCUAUUCUAAUCGUAAUUAGUAAAAAUUUCGGUUUUGUUUAAUUUUCUGGUUUCUUUUGAAUGUACUUUGUUUUUUGGUGAGUUAUCUGGACGUAAUAAACGUUGGGCCGCGUGAA